AUGAGCGACACUUCCAUCCCAGAGCCCACCUCAUCUGCGGCACCGGCAGCAGCGCCGGCUCCCUCGUCGGUCGACUCUGAGCCUGCCGCCGCCGCCGCUGCCGCCGCGACUGCCCCGGGAGAGUCUUCGACGGAUUCGACAUCGGUCGACGCCGAGACGCUGGCGCGACAGAAGCGCGAAGCACGCAAGGCUCGUAUCCUCUCCAAGGGCUCCGACCGCCUCGCGCGCAUCACCAACACAGGACGUGGGGAGGGUGCAUCCGCCUACCUCGACGCAUCGUCGCCUCUGGGUCCUUCGCGGCCUUCGAGCGCCGUCUCGUCCACCCCGGCGUCCCCCGCCCCAGGAGCGGCAACAGCAAGAGCGGGCGCAGCCGCACCCGGUGCGGACGAGGAUCCGAUGGAAGUCGACAUCUCCACCCUCCCCACCAUUUCUUCCGAACAGGUGAGGAGGGGCGAGGCCGCGUCCGGGAACCCUUUCCUCGACAUGGGUGGCGCUGGUGGACCGAGCGGGAACCCGAUGGAGGCUCUCAUGGCCAUGAUGCAAGGCCAGGGCGCUGGAGGAGGUGGUCCUUUCGGCGCGGGUGGCCCGGGUAUGGGCCCAGAGGGCGCACAGGGACCGCCAAACCUCGAAGGCCUGCCUCCCCAGCUGGCGGCCAUGCUGCAGAACAUGCCUGGCUUCGGCGGCGGCGCGGGCGGUGCCGGUGCCGGUCCCGGCGGCGACGCACAGGGCCCCCCGACGGCGCUGCGCGUCAAAACGUUGCCGGAACGUCUGUUUGACGUGCUGCAGGCAGGCCUGGUCGUGCUGCUGGCCAUCUACUUUGCACGCUCGUCGCUCUUCAACGACGAUCACUCGUCGUUUGCGUCGGACGUCGCGUCGGCCUCGACGCUGCACACGUCGGCCACGUCGGCCACAUCGACGCUGCACCGCUGGGCACGACUGGGCUACGAGCGGCCGCUCGAGUCAGAGUGGACCUUGACCAACCUCAGCCUCAGCCUCGGCGCCGGCGGGACGGCCUUCCCGCUCUUCUGGAUCUUUAUCACGCUCGAAAUCGCGCUUCAGGCCAUGCGCGUCGUCCUGUUUUCCUCAAAGACGCCGCCGCCGCCCUCGAUGCUCGGCAUGCUCGCCGGCCUGGUCCCCAUCCCCAACUUUGCCCUCUACGUCCGCCUCGCCGCCAAGUACGUCGCCCUCAUCAACGCCUUUGUCAACGACCUCGCCGUCGUCGUCUUCGUAUUCGGCCUCGCGGUGCUAUGGGCUGGCUGGAAGGUCGGCAUCGACGCCGUCGGACCCGCCGCGGCCUUGGUCAGGGAUGAAUUGUAG